ACCAGGAUAAGGAGACCAUCUCUCUCUCUUUUCUCCCUUCUUCUCUCAAUGUCACUCGCAGCUGCAAGCUGCUGGCUUUCUGCCCUCUCCUUAACAUCUAACUCACGCCGCUCUGCACCUCAUUCAUUUAUCGUUUUCAAAUCAUCUCACCAUCCGAAUCAUUAUCCUAUUAGAGGGAAAACCACCAAAUUACUGCCUAAAUCCGGCCCCGAGGAUGAAGCUAAGUUACUGAAAUUUCAACAAAGUCAAAGUGAUGAAUAUCCUCAUUCAAAUGCUGGAGGAAGAAGUACCAAGGCUACAACAGGAAGAACCCAGCCUUCAUCCCUUGCGUCAUUUGGCAUACAGAAGAAGAAAGGAAAGAAGGGCAAUGUGGUUGACUCAGUAGAAAAACAGGCAGCUGGUUAAAAUUCUGAAUUGGAGAGAUGAAAUCUGGCGACACUUUUCAUAAUUUUGGUGGAAAUGGAUUGCAAGAAACAUAUCCAGUAUUCAUUUUCCUUUUUCUUUAAGCCCUUGCAUAAUUGAUA